ACUCUGAGUUUAUUAAGCACCUAAACCAUUUGCAUAAAUUGUGUUGUGAAGCUAACGAUCAAGUUUGUUAAUUUUCCCGUAUUAACAUAUGUUCGCCACACGGAAUGUUUACUUUACAUGACGACUUUGUAUACAGUAUUUCGCAAAUUUUUGUUAGAAUUCUUAUUGAUAACGUGUCGUGAAGAUUGUUGUUUUUUUUUAAAAUUAGUAUUUUUUGCUACGUGGUUCAUUGAUUCGUUCAACACAUUUUUUGUCCAACAAAAUGAUGUGUACGAUUCGUCAUACAACUUUCCAGAUUAUGCACUCCAAAAGGAAUACACCGGACCGGGAGGUGUGGAGAAAGAGGUGGAAAAGCCAACCAAGGAUGAGUUUAAUAUAGCCAAAUGGAUCAAGAAAAAUGUACCAACAAAGAAGACGAAAUUUUUGAACCACAACGUCGAAUAUUUUACAUCAUCGAAGGCACUUGACGCUUUAAUGGCUUCGAAAUUCGGUCAAGGUGAAAAUUGCUUGUUUCCCACACGAGAAAUUGCCAUCGAAUUUUUGGACUCGAUGCUGGUGCACAAAUUCUUCCAUCGGGCUAAAAAAGUUCCGGUCACGGAGGCAGAACUGAAACGGGGCAAAAAGGCCGAAAAGAAGACCGACGAUGAUGAGAAGAAGGAAAUCUCCGCUGCUAGCACAAAGAAGAAAGAGGAAAAGGUGACGGAUGCGGAAAGUAGUCAUGUUGAAGGUAAAAAAGACAAAGUGGUGGAAAAGGACAAAGAAAAGAAAAAGCGCAAAAUUCGAUUGGACAUGCAUCCGGAUCAAGUGUUUGUUGAUGGUGGCGAGGCCUACGUUUGGAUCUACGAUCCGAUACCGAUGCAUUAUUGGUUAUUCGGUGCAUUACUUGUGUUUGGAGCAAUCGUCAUUUGUCUGUUUCCGCUGUGGCCGCCGUCAUUAAGGAAAGGAGUUUACUAUUUGAGUAUUGCGGCUGCUGGAUUUUUGGUCUUUAUUCUUGGUUUAGUUGUGCUUCGUUUUAUUGUUUUCUGUAUAAUUUGGCUAUUGACCAGAUCCAAACAUCAUUUUUGGCUGUUCCCAAACUUGACCGAAGAUGUUGGAUUCUUCGCAUCAUUCUGGCCGAUUUAUAAACACGACUACAUGGCUGACGGUGCAGCAUCCAAAGAAAAGAAACGUAAACGCAAAAAAGAUAAGGACAGUGAUGCUGAAGAAGAUGUCAACGUUCCCGUGGGAUCCGAUAGAAUUGAAAACGUUAAAGAAAAUGACACGGAAACGGAAGCAGAACCAUUGAUUAAAGUUUCAGCAAACGAACCUGCUGAGACGAACGAAGAGAAAAAGGGAUCACCGUCGGAAAGCGAAUCAGAAAGUUCGCAACGUUCAUCAACCGGAAAAGAUUUCGAGAUAGUCGAUCCAGAGGAUGUGGAUACAUCUUAAUUAAAUGCAAAUUUUUAUUCAUUUUACGAAAUAAUAUAUUUAUGAAGU